AUGACUGCCCGGAUUUUGCUGGGAGCUGCACUGGCGGCCUUGGCAAGUUAUUCCUUGGUUCUACUCGGCUGUAACGGGCGCACGGUGUUUUUUCCAAGCUUCGCGCCCUCCUUCUCCUUGGAAUUGAGAAGUGGCAGUCGGGAGCUGAACGCUAGGAUGGAGUCAGCCGAGCAGAAGGGCCUCUUUAAGCACUGGGAUGCCUCUUAUGAGACCGGCAUCAACAUAGGGGUCUAUGUGGGAACCAGUUGCAUCUUUUUGGACAAGCUUCUGGAAGCCAACCAAGCUGGGGGCAGGGUGGGAUUGCGGACCGUUUGUGUAGAACCCAACACUGGUGUCCUGCCGCUCCUGCAGAAGAACCUCGCUGCAAGCGGGAGCCAGGUGCACCUGGCACAUGGGCUGAUGGCUGACCGGGAGCAUUGUCCAGACGGCGCACAACUUCUGGAUGGUGGCAAGGGGUUAGAUUCGCAGCACAAUGCUUCGGCACCUCUGAAGUUCAGGACUGACGAUGACCAGGACAGUUUCCGCGUGGAGAGGUGCUUCACGCCUGGAUAUAUGCGUGCUGUCCUUGGGAAGCUUCCUGCCGUAUGGUUUAUUGACUGUGACGGCUGUUGGCCGGAUGUGUAUCAUCAGUUCCAGGCAGCCUUCGCAGACCGCUCGGUGAAGCUGGUCUUGUACGAAAGGGAUACGGUGUAUGGGACAUCCGACUCCGAGCACAUCUGGGAGGCCAGAUAUCGAGAGAUGGAGAGCAGUUUGCGGAGCCAAGGCUUCUCGGCCAAGCAAUGUGCGUCGAACUCCUUGUGGGGGGUUUGGGUCUGGCAGCGGGGAGGUCCUGCCUUUACUGUGCACCUUUGGUGCCUGGUCCUGUGGGCAGGUUUCCUUUGGGCCAGCGCCCGUGGCUGUGACUUCCUUGCUUCGCUUGUUUCGCAGUUGGCAGCUUCCCAGCUUAUGCCGGUGCCGCUCUGGCGCAUGCUUGUCCUGCCUGUGUGGCUUCGGGUGUUCCGCUCGCUGGAGGUUCUUCCGGUGAAUCUCAAGGAGCCUAUCACAGGCCUGGACUGCACGUGGACCUGCGUCCAUGAAGGGCUGGCCUUCGCAAUCUCCAACUUUGCUUUUCUGUACCCCGCCGUGCUGUGGCCUGCUGCAAGGUGUUGCUCACAACGCCAUGCGUGCCAAGUGUGGCUGGUGUUCCUCGCUAGCGCGCAGGCUGCCAUCCUUGGCGGCUUUGUCUUCCAUGCCUUGUGGAAGCCCGCGCCAGUUUGCAGUGGCCCAGGCCCCAUGCAAAGCAUUUGGGAAGCGACGGUGCUUGUCACCAUUGCCUUAAGCCUCUUUGCCAUCAAAGGCUGUCAGAGCAUGAGCCGCGUGAGCCCUGGGCUCCCCAGAGACGAGGACUAA